AUGACGACAACAGUCUCUGCAGCGACCAAAGCCCCGACUGCUGUACUCGGUAAAAUCGUCGGAGUAUCCGCGGGGAAAAUUCAGCAGGUACCUGAGGAGCCGACCAAGCAGGAGAUUCAGGACUAUGCUGUGUGGCUUGGUUUGGACACCGUGAAGGAUCGUGACCUGUUUUGGAUAGCCAGACAGGCGUUGAGAACCCCGAUUCCCCAACCCUGGGUCCAAUGCCAGACGGUCAGUGGUGAUGUAUUUUUCCACAACACGAAGACGAAGGAAAGCGUUUGGGAUCAUCCAUAUGAUCAGUAUUAUCAGCAAGCUGUUGAGCAGUAUAAACGUGGGAGGAUUUCUCGAGAAGAGCUGUCGGCUAGUGUAUCACAGUCGUGGCUAUUCGCUACCACGGAUCAGCGGUCUUCGGCCCAAGUCAGUGCUGAGCCUAUAAAGGGUGGUCCGGUCAACCAUAGCACAACAGAGAAUUCUCCAGCGCGCAUCGUACCUGAUCUUGAACUGCCUGGCGAGCCCGUGGUGGAGGCUGCUGCUCGGUUGCCUUCACAGAUAAUAGUCAGUGAAAAAUCGUUUGAUAACGAUCAGGAGGGAGUUGAUGAUGGUCCAGCAGGAGCUCGCGAUCUGCUGAAGGAAAUCGAUUCGAAUGUACCCGAUCAUGACGAUGUAGCUGCUACUGAGGAGAGCUCCGCUGAUAGGCUUUUUGAACCGCCCCCGCGCAGUGCAGAGGCUGCUCAAGCUGAGCUGGCCGAGUUGAGGUUGAAGAUCGAGAAAAUGGAAAUGGAGAAGGGGAAGAUCGAGAGCGAGCUCGGAGCUCUUUAUCGUGAAGUUGGUCAGGGUGUGGUACUGAUUGUUUUAUUGGUUGAAAUGGCUUCCUCGGCUAUGGUUGGACAGAAUGUUGGUUCUCGAGCAACGUUGGCAGAUUCUGAAAGACAUCGUAAAAAGCUGCGCGAGGAGCGCGAUGCUGCUGCGGAAUUACUCAGCUCAGCCGAAGCGGCCAGAGAGGAGGUGAUGGAGGCACUUGAGAGGGAGAAAGAGGCCCGUCAGAAAGCCGAAGCUCAACUGAGUGCCCAAGCGGCUAGCAAUAGAAUAAUCGUUGGGGAGCUCACUGAACAGUUGGAGGAAGUUCAGGCGAAAUAUGAGUAUUUGGAUAGUCUUAUUGCCACGCAGACGAGCGAGGUACAGAUGCUUCGAGACCGCCUAACAGAGGGUCGAGAAAAGGUUAGGGUGCUCGCUGAGGAAGACGCAGCUCAGCGAAGACUGUUGGUGGAGAAAGAUAGGGAAGUGGUCGACCUCAACCGAGCCCUAGCAUAG